GUGAAAUCAUUGGAAAACCUCGAGCCCAGGGUGGAAUCCGUUCUGAAGCUGUGCCAAGAGAAACAGGGGGAGAAGUGCGAGGAUGCCGAAGCGCUUACAGAGUGGAUUAACGAGACGACAUCUGAGGUUCUCCAUGAUGCGGACCAUGAUGUUAAGGAUGCACAGCGGCGCAUCAACUCGGUGAAAUCCAAGCAGAAGAAGGCCGAGACUGAGGCAAAGGCUGAAGCAGGCGCCGACCAUAGCGAGGAGGAGCACAGCGACGUAGAUCUCGAGGAUUGA